AUGACGAUACUUCGUUUCCUCGCGCUCAGCAUCUGUUUUCUUAGCCUCGUGUUGCCGGACACAAUUCGCACAUUAGACCCUAUCGCUAUCGUUGAUAUAACCGUCAAGCCAUGUUCAAGUUGCUUGCCUCAAACGUCCACUGCUAUCGCACUUAGUGUGUACAGCGCAGAAGACAUCAAGAGAUCAGUGUUGGAAUGGCGCCGCAAAAGAAGCAAGCGACAACUUCAAACUUCUGCAAAUGAUGAAAGUUCGGAUUUCGAAACGAAAGUAAUUGAAGACCAAUGGUUGGUGAUUUUCGAUGGGUACUAUUCCCAAGAGCAUCGGCACAGUGUGAUCGCUACUGCUUUAUCCGGUGAACAUGUUGAAAUCGUCCCCCGUGAUAACCCGGCAGCUAUUUUUGAAUCUGACUUUGACGUUCUACUUUGGCCUCAUGACGAACGUCGUAGAUUUAUUGAUCUUUUGGAGGACCACGAGGACAUAAAAGAGGUCAAACAGCAAAAACAGAUUCUUAGAAAGCUUCAAUAUGUCAAAACUCAAGAACACGUUUCCAACUGCGAGAACUGUAAGAAAGCGCAUUUACCUUCUGAGGCCCGUGUUCACCGGCCAGGACAGAGGAAAGCACAGUCAGUGUCAUCGAGUGACUAUUGGUUUGGAAGUGAAAAGUUACGGUCACGUAAACUCAUGCGUUCGGUUGUGAAACCUGUGACUGAUGAACUUCAAGCAGACAUUUUGUGGGAUAUGGGAUUUACCGGGCAAGGCAUUAAAGUUGCUAUAUUCGACACUGGCCUACCAAAAAACCAUCCACACUUUCGAAAUGUAAAAGACCGAACAAACUGGACUAAUGAGAAGAGUCUCGACGACGGACUCGGCCAUGGCACGUUUGUUGCAGGUGUCAUUGCAUCUAGUGCGGAAUGCAUGGGAUUCGCUCCAGACGCUGACGUUCACAUUUAUCGCGUUUUCACUAAUCAACAAGUUUCUUAUACCAGCUGGUUUCUUGACGCUUUCAACUAUGCGAUUCUAAACAAAAUCAACGUUCUCAACCUUUCCAUCGGAGGGCCCGACUUUAUGGAUACGCCUUUCGUCGAUAAAGUUUGGGAGAUGUCGGCAAAUGGUAUAAUAAUGGUUUCUGCUAUUGGAAACGAUGGACCUCUUUACGGGACGCUAAAUAAUCCAGCGGACCAGAUGGAUGUUAUUGGUGUUGGUGGAACUGACUUUGCUCACAAUAUAGCGAAAUUCUCAUCGCGCGGGAUGACAACUUGGGAGCUCCCAGGUGGCUAUGGGCGACUGAAGCCUGACAUUGUUACGUAUGGAUCGUCUGUCAGGGGAUCCGGAAUUUACUCCGGGUGUCGAACUCUCUCCGGGACAUCCGUUGCAAGCCCAGUUGUUGCUGGUGUGGUUACCCUUCUCUUCUCGACUGUUCCAGAAGAAAAGAGGAACUCCAUCAAUCCUGCGAGUAUGAAACAAGCGCUGAUGCAUGGAGCAAAGCGGAUUGAUGGAACAAACAUGUUUGAGCAAGGGGCAGGACGCGUGGACUUAAUUCAGUCAUGGAAAAUUCUUAAAUCCUACAAACCCCAAGCCACUCUCUCGCCCCCAUACAUUGAUUUCAUGGACUGUCCUUACAUGUGGCCUUACUGUUCGCAGCCCCUCUUCUUCACUGGAAUGCCGACAAUAGCUAACGUAACGAUACUGAAUGCGAUCUCUGUGUCCUCGAAAAUUGUAGGGACUCCAAUUUGGCGUCCAUACGACCAAGAAACAGGAAAUUUCGUAGAUAUAUCCGUUACGCAUUCGUCUAUCAUUUGGCCUUGGACUGGUUUUAUCGCUGUUACUAUUACGAUAAAUGAAAAAGGCGCUGAAUUCGAGGGGAUCAUCAACGGCCAUAUAGAAUUCACUAUUCAAUCAGAAAGCACGGGUAGUGAAACCGAUGAAGAAACAAAUGAAGACGAAAAUUAUUUAUCCGAAAUGAAGCUUCCUCUUAGGAUUUCUGUUAUACCCAGUCCAAAACGUUGGCAAAGAAUUUUGUGGGAUCAAUACCACAAUCUUCGUUAUCCACCUGGCUAUUUUCCCCGCGACAACCUGAAGAUGAAAAAUGAUCCUCUCGAUUGGAACGGGGAUCAUAUUCACACUAAUUUUCGCGACUUAUACGAAAGACUACGGGCGGCUGGUUACUUUGUCGAUGUUCUAGGAGAGCCAUUCAGCUGCUUUGAUGCUUCGAAUUAUGGGACGUUGAUGAUAAUCGACAGCGAGGAAGAGUUUUUCACUGAGGAACUUGAAAAGAUCGCCGAGGAUGUUGAAGAGGGACUCAAUUUGAUCGUCUUUGGAGACUGGUUUAAUAGUGAAGUAAUGAAGAAGGUGCGCUUCUUUGAUGAAAACACGAGACAAUGGUGGAUUCCGGACACUGGAGGUGCUAACAUCCCUGCCCUGAACGACCUCCUUGAGCAUUUCGACAUCGCUUUCGGAAGCAUCGUUAGCGAUGGAGAAUUUUCUUUCUCAGAGAGAGAAAUGCUCUUCGCAUCGGGCGCUAGUUUUAUCCAGUUUCCAGAUGAAGGAAAAGUUCUAGUCAGAAACUUGCGCGACCAAGGAGCCGAUAUCACUCGCGAUGAAAAUAAUGAGAAUUUCAAGCCUCGAGAGAAUGCUGUUGCUAUAUUCGGAAUACACGAGUAUAACCUUGGAAAAGUCGCUGUUUACGGCGACUCGAAUUGUAUCGACGGAGCUCACAUGCAGAAAGAGUGUUACUGGCUAGUUGAAGAAAUGCUGCAGUAUUUCCGAACGGAUACGCUCGCUGAGGAAAUGUCGAAUGACUUAGUAGAGUGGAGCGCUGUUAAGGAUCAAUUUGGAAGCAUUUCAGCGCCGGAGCGCUUUGUCGGCAACCAGCUUCACAGAUUUAGUAAGGUCUUGGUUCCAGGACUGAGUAUGAAAAAGAAACCCGUCCCAGAAUGCAAAAAACACGUGUAUUUGACUCCCCAGUAUUUGAACGAAUCGAUAGAAUCGAUUUCGAAAUCAGCGUUAUCCUGGAAAAAUCGUCCGCUAUUAUCGAUUGACUGGGACGAAGAAAAUUCAGAUGUUCAAAGCUACAAACCACUGCCUUCAAACCAUCGCGAGACGCUUUCUCUUUGGACUGUGUUUCUUGUAUUCGCCGCGUGCGGUGCCGCUCUAGCCUUUCUCGUUGCUCAGAUGCGCUUUAAGAAGAACGAUCGUGAGAAACCGCUCAAAUUUCCCAAGAGCAGAACUCGAAAGAAUCUCAGUACUUGA